AUGAUCAUCUACAAGUGUAUUCUCACCGAUGAUGAGAUGUUCUCAGAUGUCUAUCCCAUCAAGGAAACGCCAAUCUUCUACGAGGUAGACGGAAAGCAUAUCACACAGACGGACGACAUCGACGACUCUCUAAUCGGCGGCAACAAGUCGGCCGAGGAUCAGGGGGAGACCACAGAAGCGUCGGUGCAGUCCGGUGUGAACAUCAUCGUCUACCACAAACUGCAGCAGACAUCCUUCGACAAGAAGGGUUACCUCUCCUAUAUCAAGGAGUACCUCAAAGCCAUUAAGGCAAAGUUGCAGGAAAACAACCCCGAACGAGUGGAUCAGUUCAUGGCUGACGCCAAUGUUGAAGUCAAAAAGCUCCUCCCAGGUUUCAAGAAUUUAGAGUUUUACACAGGUGAGUCCAUGAAUAUUGACGGUAUGGUUGGUAUUCUGGACUACCGUGAGGACGAUACGCCUUUCAUGCGCUUCUUUAAAGAUGGCCUCAUCGGUGAGAAAUGUGUAAGUAUUCUGCUAAAUCUCCACAAUUAA